UAGGUAAAGCCCAAGAAUUAGAGUUUAGACACGAUGUCGUUCUUUUAAGAGUGCAGUUUAUAAAGGAGACUAGGGUUUUCUCUAGAAGUCCUUAGCGCUCAUUCUCUGUGUAAACGAGAACCGUAACUACAAGCUGCGCAGCUCAGCUCUUAAUCGAUGGGGGCUUACAAGUAUGUGUCGGAGUUAUGGAGGAAGAAGCAAUCUGAUGUCAUGAGGUUUUUGCAGAGGGUGAGGUGCUGGGAGUACCGCCAGCAUCCUUCCAUUGUUCGUGUCACCCGUCCAACACGUCCUGACAAGGCUCGUCGUAUGGGUUACAAGGCCAAGCAGGGUUAUGUAAUUUAUCGUGUCAGAGUUAGACGUGGUGGUAGGAAGAGGCCAGUUCCUAAGGGUAUUGUGUAUGGUAAGCCCACCAACCAGGGUGUGACUCAACUGAAGUUCCAAAGAAGCAAGAGGUCUGUUGCAGAGGAGCGUGCUGGUAGGAAAUUGGGAGGCCUCAGGGUUCUGAAUUCCUACUGGAUUAAUGAGGACUCUACUUACAAGUAUUUUGAGGUUAUAUUGGUUGAUGUUGCACAUAAUGCUAUCAGAAAUGACCCACGGAUCAACUGGCUCUGCAAACCUGUCCACAAGCACAGGGAACUCCGUGGUUUAACCUCAUCUGGGAAGAAAUACAGGGGUCUUCGUGGAAAGGGACAUUUGCACCACAAGAACCGCCCUUCUCGCAGAGGAACCUGGAAGAGAAACAAUACUCUCUCACUUCGCCGCUAUCGCUGAGUUCAUUGAUGUGCUUAAAUUUGUUACUUUCUGGAUUUGGUCCCAAGAACAAAGUAGAUGGCAUAUUGAGAUUGAGUUUGAAAUUUUGGAAAUGAAAUACUAAAGACUUGUUUUGGAAUUUCUACAUUUUAAUUUAAGACGUUGAGCAUAA